CGAUUAGUCAUCCAGCCAGUGCACUGAAUGCCGUGUUCGCGAUCAGUUGUUUUUAUUCGUAGACCCUGAUGCAAAGUGUGCGUCGCGUCGUCCGGAAGAUUAAGAUCGCCCUCAGGGGGAUCAGUUUUAGUUGUUAACUUAUCGGUGGCGGAACCACCGGGAAACUAUUUUUCGCUCAAAGAUAUAAGCUGCAGAGAAACAAAGUGCAAGAGGCACCGAAAUGACGAAAAUGAAGCUGUUGGUGGUUUUGAGUGCUAGUUUGAUGUUAACAGCCGGCCAGAGAAAUCGGAACAAUCUGACUCAGAGAAAUCGCUCCCUUCAACCAUCCACCACUCCAACACCGGCUGAUAACGAGUUUUUCGAUUCACGGAACUGUGAAGCUAUGAACAUUCCUGCCAGUCCCCAAAUGGACCAUUGGGCAUGCCUGUGCAAUCAGUUCGAACUCCAACGGGAAACCUGUGAGCAAGACAUCGAAAAAUAUCUACCUUCACAACCUGGGGCGAAGGUUUGCAUGGAUCACCAACACUAUUACAUUGGCUUGAAUGAUCGAUGCAACUAUGAGCACGAUCUGGAUUCAUCGAAUGAUCCUGCUGGAAAAGCAAUGCAAUUUGCGCUUGAUCUAUUUCAAGCCGCUGAUCCCAAAAACCCAGACGAUAAUUUUAUCGUAAGUCCUCUGUCACCGCAAGUGCUGCUAGCGCAACUGACUGAGGCGUGCUCUGAGAAGGCCCGGAUGGAAAUGAUCAAAGGUUUAAAGUUGAACGGAAAUGAAGCGGCCUCCCUUGUGGAUGCCCUAACUUCCGCGGCCAAUAAGGACUCCACUGCAAACAAACUGGAUAUUGCAUCGGCGUUUUUCAAAGCGAAAAGUAUGAAGCUGUUAGAUGAAUUCCGUGACGAUGCCAAACGGAAUAACAUUAAAAUGAUUGACAUUGAUUUCUCUGAUACGGCACAAGCCGCGCGCACCGUGAACGAAUGGGCGAGUACGAAAACUAGAGGAAACAUUCCACAAGUAAUUUCAGAACAAGGCAUCUCUCCGGACAUGGCAAUGCUACUGGUAAAUGCUAUCUAUUUCAAGGGAACCUGGUUAUACAAGUUUAAUGAAACUGAAACAAAUAGACGGGGUCAAUUCGAAUCGAUGAAAAAUAAAAAAAUGUCCGUCCACAUGAUGUCCCAAACGAAUAAGCUUCGCUUUGGUGAGAUCAACUUCGACAUUUACUCCGAUCCCGAGAAAGGGUUACGUUGGGUCGAGCUGCCCUACGAUGGCGACGAGCUGUCGAUGAUUGUUCUCCUUCCAAAGAUGCGCCACCAACUGGACGAAAUGCUGAGCCAAACUAACGGAAGUCAUCUCCAAGAGAUAUUCAGAGUACUCCGCCGUAAUCACAACCCGAUAAAGAUUCACCUUAAAAUGCCACGAUUUACCAUCCAGAGUUCAGUUUCAUUAGUCCAACCGCUGAAGAAGCUCGGCAUUAAAGAAAUAUUUGAGGAUGAUAGCCCACUGCCAAAGCUAUCGAAAGCGCAAACCCGAGUGGGAGACGUCAAACAGGAUGCUUUUCUCAGUGUUGACGAGAAGGGAACGACUGCCACCGCGGUCAGCAGGGUCACCAUUAUUCCCCUCAGCCUGAACACGUACGACGACAUGGAUUUCAAGUGCGACGAACCUUUCUUGGUGAUGGUAGUCGACAAAACGCGGGAGAUUCCACUGUUCUUGGCUAAGAUUCGGAAGCCACUGAAGACCAAAGACGAUGACAAACGAGCGUUUGGUUAACAGUUGAUCGUACUCAGAAAACAGAUCAAAGCGAUUAAAAUAUACAAUUUUGAUAAUCUGAUGUGCAUAUGAUAAGACUGGGAUACAAUUUUAUAAAAAAGAUCGAGCGCGUCUUAGCCAAAAAAACAAUAA